AAACAAACACCCCAACUCCUUUGCGUAGGGAAAAAUGUGAAGUUUCCAAAUGGUCCCGUUAUCACACCUCAUCACUCCCACUUCGAAGUGGUGCCUAAACUUACUUCGCCCUCGAUUCUCUUCUCUCUCUCUUCCUACAUUUUCUCAUACCCAUCAUCUUCUCAAGCGCUUCACUGCCAAACCACUUUGUCUCUCAUCUAAUCAAAAGUUCGUGUGCUUUGCAAUGGAUGUUUCUGGAGCAAACUCUAUAAAGGAAAUGCCAUGGGGUGUAGACGAGGCUACUGAAGGAGAAUAUGCUUCUCAGUCUGAAUUGCUUCAAGAAUUCACAAGCAUCUCCACCGUUGACAAGGCAUGGACUUUUAAGCCUGAGAAUGGAAAGGGUGUGCAAGCUAUGUUUUCAAUUAGCCAACCGAAUCUUUUGGCCAAUAAGAAGAGGAAAUAUAUUUUAUCUAGUCACAUUGUGAAAGAAAGUGACGGUUUCACAAGCUUCCAAUGGGCUCCAUUUCCUGUUGAAAUGACGGGCGUGUCCACAAUGGUUCCAUCCCCGUCAGGCUCGAAGCUUCUAGUUGUUCGGAAUUCUGAAAAUGAAUCCCCUACUCAAUUUGAAAUUUGGGGUGCAUCUGAAGUGGAAAAAGAAUUCCAUAUUCCUCAUUCGGUUCAUGGCUCUGUAUACUCCGAUGGAUGGUUUGAGGGAAUUUCUUGGAACUCUGAUGAAACUCUAAUUGCUUAUGUUGCGGAGGAGCCGUCUCCUUCCAAGCCAACGUUUAGUGGUCUUGGCUAUAAGAAAAGAGGUUCCGCAGAAAAAGAUUGUGGUAGCUGGAAAGGUCAAGGUGAUUGGGAGGAGGACUGGGGGGAAACUUACGCUGGAAAAAGGCAACCUGCACUCUUUGUCAUCAAUAUAAACAGUGGAGAGGUAUGUGGUGUUGAGGGAAUUGGGAAGUCAUUGAGCAUUGGACAGGUUGUAUGGGCUCCAUCGACAAAAGGGUUGCAUCAAUAUUUGGUUUUUGUUGGGUGGUCAUCAGGCAGGAGAAAGCUUGGUAUCAAGUACUGCUAUAAUAGGCCUUGUGCCUUAUAUGCAGUUAGGGCUCCCUUUCAUGAAUCUGAAGCAAAUGAACUCCGCCCAAAAGAAAAUGUGAGCGAAGAUGUACAAGUAGUUAAUCUUACCCAAAGCAUAAGUAGUGCUUUCUUUCCACGGUUCAGCCCAGAUGGGAAGUUUCUUGUGUUUUUAUCUGCAAAAAGUUCUGUAGAUUCCGGGGCACAUUCUGCAACAGACUCACUUCAUCGGAUUGAAUGGCCGACUGACGGAAAGCCAGAUCCAUCAGCGAAAAUAGUUGACGUGGUUCCUGUUGUGAUGUGUGCUGAGGAUGGUUGCUUCCCUGGACUCUAUUGUUCAAGUAUUCUUGGUAAACCAUGGCUUUCUGAUGGAUACACAAUGAUUUUAUCUUCUUACUGGCGUAGCACUCAAGCAAUUAUCUCAGUCCAUGUGCAGAGUGGGAAAUUGGUACGGAUCAGCCCAGGCGACUCAGAUUUUUCGUGGAAUGUUCUUGCACUAGACGGGGACAACUGUGUUGCUGUUUGUAGCAGCCCAAUAGAUGUUCCUCAAAUCAAGUACGGUUGUCCUGACGAGGGGUCAUCUACAGUUCCAUCAUGGAGUUGGGCAGAUAUUUCAAGCCCGAUAUCAAGAUGCUCUGAGAAGGUUAGGACUUUGCUGUCAUCUCUUCAGUUUAGUGUGAUGAAGAUUCCUGUCAGGGGUGUUACUGAGAACCUCUCUGAAGGUGCCAGAAAACCUAUUGAAGCCAUAUUUGUAUCCUCCAAGUCCAAGAAAAGCGAUGCCUGCGAUCCAUUAAUUGUAAUGCUUCAUGGGGGGCCCCACUCUGUCUCGGUGUCAAGCUUUUCUAAGUCAUUUGCGUUCCUGUCUUCAAUUGGUUACAGCUUGCUGAUUGUAAACUAUAGAGGUUCGUUGGGUUUUGGUGAGGAGGCAUUGCAAUCUCUCCCUGGGAAAGUUGGGUCACAGGAUGUCAAUGAUGUGCUAACUGCCAUUGAUCAUGCAAUUGACAUGGGACUUGCAGACCCUUCCAAAGUAUCCGUGCUUGGUGGUUCUCAUGGUGGAUUUUUGACAACCCACUUGAUUGGUCAGGCGCCAGAUAAGUUUGUUGCAGCAGCCGUAAGAAAUCCUGUUUGUAACCUUGCUCUGAUGGUUGGUACCACGGAUAUUCCUGAUUGGUGCUUUGUGGAGACCUGUGGAAGUGAGGGGAAAUCUAUCUUCACGGAAGCACCUUCAGCUGAACAACUGAAACUUAUGCACAGCAUGUCUCCUAUUUCACACUUGUCGAAGGUCAAAACACCUACACUUUUCCUUUUGGGAGCUCAGGAUCUUCGUGUUCCAGUUUCUAAUGGAUUACAAUAUGCACGGGCACUAAAGGAGAAAGGAGGAGAAGCUAAAGUAAUUGUGUUUCCCAACGAUGUUCACGGGAUCGAAAAACCGCAAUCUGACUUUGAAACCUUCCUCAAUAUUGGAGUGUGGUUCAAGAAGUAUUGCAAAUAAGCAGGAGCCAUUUCUGGUCAGAUUAGGUAUAUUAUUCAAGUAAAAGGCCCUAUCUGUUAAAUGCAAUAUGAUAGGAAUUACUUGCUUUACCUAUUUCUCUACCAUCACUUGAGGGAAGGUGAGACUCAGUGCCUCAAGAGUCAAGUCCAUCAUGUAAAACUCUUGACCUGAAUUUCAGCCGUUCAAUAAAAAAUUGCCCUUUAGAUUGGUAA